UUGUGUUUCACGUUUCUGCGUCCCCGACCAGACGUAAUGAGCGAUCAGUCACACGUUUCAGGAGACCUAAAGCGCGCCGACUAAGAUGUCAGAGCUCCACCAAGCGCCACAGUCGUGUUUUGAGCGCGUUUCCUCGCCCGUGGAUUACUCAUGCAACACUUUCUAAAGGCUGCACAGGAGACUGUUUGCGUGCGGAUAAACUUGCAGGAGUCGCCGCAUUCGUGCACGGUCUUCGCUCGCUGUUUGGAGGAUAUCGGUUAGUGCGCGGAAACUUGCUGCGUAAACACUAUACUUUGUCGGCGACUGUCUCCCCCGUCCGAGAUGGAACUGAAGAGCGCGUGUCGUAUGUUUCUGUUCCCGGUUCAGAUGCUUUAUUACAUUGUCAGAGCAAGUUUGUUUUCGCUGCUGCCGAGCAGGAGGAAGGAACUCACCAAGGAGGUGGUAUUGAUCACCGGCGGAGGACGAGGCAUCGGCCGACACCUGGCCAAAGAGUUUGCCAAGCAGGGGGCCAGAAAGGUGAUCUUGUGGGGCAGAACAGAAAAGUGUCUCAAAGAGACAGCCGAAGAAAUCUCCCUAUCUGGAACAGAGUGCCAUUACUUCCUGUGUGAUGUGGCCAAUCGGGAAGAAGUUUACAAGCAAGCCAAGGUGGUUAGAGAAAAGGUGGGAGAUGUUACAAUAUUAGUGAACAACGCAGCUGUAGUCCAUGGCAAAAGCCUGAUGGACAGCGACGACGACGCCCUUCUGAAAUCCCAACAUAUCAACACCAUGGGACAGUUCUGGACAACAAAAGCCUUCCUGCCUCGAAUGCUGGAGCUGCAGCAUGGCCAUGUAGUAUGCAUUAAUUCCAUCCUGUCCCAGUCUCCCAUCCCCGGGGCCAUAGACUACUGCACCUCCAAGGCCUCAUCACUGGCCUUCAUGGAGAGCCUGACGCUGGGCCUGCUGGACUGUCCCGGUGUCAGCUGCACCACUGUGCUUCCCUUCCACACCAAUACAGAGAUGUUCCAGGGCAUGAGAGUCAGGUUUCCCCAACUCUUUCCACCUCUCAAGCCUGAGGUAGUAGCCCAGAGGACUGUCGAUGCAGUCAGAGCUGACAAGGCCUUCCUCUACCUGCCCUGGACAAUGCAUGCUCUUGUCAUUCUCAAAAGCUUCAUGCCACAAGUUGCACUUGAAGAAAUCCACAAGUUUUCUGGGAGUUAUACCUGCAUGAACACGUUCAAAGGGAGGACAUGAACUUGGAUUGCACACAGUGUGAGAGCAACCUCAGCAGCUGUGGGGUUUAAUGAAGGGAAUAUGGACCUUAAGGCAUGUAAAAGUGGCGAAGGCGCCGUGAUAGUGUGAGGACAAAUACAUUACAUGCAAGGGUGUUGCUUCUGCAGGUAGAAUUAAUUGAUAAACUGCACGAUGCACCCUGAUCAUGUGUUUGUGUGCGCGCAUGUGUGUGUGUGUGUGUGUAUGUAUAGUACGGAGGACUGAAUGCCAUUCUCACUUUGAACAGAAGCCAUGCAUAGGUCUGUACCAGUAGUUAUUCUGGGAGUUUUUGUUUUGUUUUGUGACACUUGUUUUAGUCUGUUUUUACAAAUCUUUUUUUUAUUCUCCUUUUAAUGUGUCUCUGAAUCAAAACAAUGUAAUAAAAUGGAGUUUUAGAAUUGCA